AUGGCAGCUCUUGCCCUCUCAUAUCUAGGACUAGAUGCCUUCUAUAAGCCAGCAAGCAACAGGACCCUUCCCAUGAUAUCUUUCAUUGUCGGCUCCACCGAGAUUUCAGAGCAUCCACCUUAUAUGCCUAGUGAGGGUGCGUGGCUGCAGAAGCAGAUUGUGGAAGCUGUUGUGAAUGGCUCAAAUACGAUUACUACGGCCUUAUUUAUCAGCUACGACGCUGAAAUUUUAGCCAUUAGACCUGUUACUCUAAUCAUCAUAGAAACUGGUGGAUUGAGCGAUCAUGUUACACCUUUCCAAUCUGACAAUGGUACUACCGGAAAAUGGAUCGAGGAUGCAUAUGAUCUCUUUGGGUAUACUUACACUGGUCCAGUCUCUCCCUGGACUCGUGGAGGCCGUGGCUUCACUGAUCGAUCUGAUCAUAACUCUCAGAUUCUUUUCUUGGAGGCUUGGCUGGAAGCACUAGGCUAUGACAAUGUCACGACAGACGACAUGGAGCCUUGGCAUCGGGAACAUAUGUCAAAUCUUGUUAACGCGUUUGAAUUUUCUAACCCCAACUUCACAAUCUCGGACAUUCUAAGUAUGGAUAACCCUGUCACCGACUCUAGUGGGAGCUACACCGGUACGGCCACCUGCGAGUCUACAUGCCAAGUGCAGCGUUGUCUCUUACGGCAACCAAACCGAAGCUUCCGCCUUAUCGGUUACCUGACUGAAUGUCGGUAUCUGACAUUCGAGAAGGGUGGAUACGCUCUUACCAAUGAUGGGAGCUCUUCUACUGUUUCCCUCCCUGGUAGUACUCCGGCUCAUUAUUCGAUCUACCGACGGUGGAUCAUUUUCUAUAACGAUGACGAGGGGAGUGAAAGCGCUAUCUUGGGGUCGACAAUUCCCGCUGAAGUUGCAAUUACCUUCCUCGGGAAUGGAGCCGGGUAUACAAUGAGGUACAAGCCAGGGUCUGAAUAUAUUGCUAUUAGAGAGGACGCCCUUGUAGCUACUACUACUUCCGCACCUUUUCAAGGCUUCAGUAUCUACUCUGUGACUUAUGGUGACUAG